AUGGAUCAGGUUCUGGUUCUGACCCAGAUGGUUCUGGACCUUCAUGAACCUCUGGACAUCGUUUCCUCUCCUGACUGGACGCCCAUCACUGACCCGGGUCAGAACCNCGGUAGUUUGAAGAGCCGUCUCUGUGUUGGUCUGCAGGAAAUCGCCUCCUACCUGAUAUCCUUCGACAGACACGACGAGUGGCUCUGCUGCUCCCUGAAGACCAGGCCGAAGAACGGCAGCAUCAUCCUCUACAACAGGAAGAAGGUGAAGUACAGGAAGGACGGCUACUGCUGGAAGAAAAGGAAGGAUGGGAAGACGACGAGAGAGGACCACAUGAAGCUGAAGGUCCAGGGCAUGGAGUGCCUCUACGGCUGCUACGUCCAUUCCUCCAUCGUGCCAACAUUCCACAGACGAUGCUACUGGCUGCUGCAGAACCCAGACAUCGUGCUGGUCCACUACCUGAACGUGCCGUCAGCAGAGGAUUCUGGGAGAUGCAGUCCUUUGCUGUGCACGGUGUCGGAUCGCCACGACACCCUGAGGUGGAGCCGGGACGACCUGCUGGGCCAGCUGAAGCCCAUGUUCCACAGCAUCAAGUGCUCCAUGGGUUCUGGAGACUUCAGCAUCGAGGAGCUGGUGCAGCACAUCCUGGACCGGCAGAGAACCAAACCACAGCCCCGCACACACACCUGCCUCUGCAGCACCAACCAAGUGUCACCAGGAGUGAACAUUCCCCACCGCUGCAACAGCACCAAGCAUCGGAUCAUCUCCCCCAAGCUGCCACCGUCCUCCUCAGGACCUGCCGCCUCCCCGCCGUCCUCCGAACCGGGAGAGUCAGGGAGAGGGGGAGGAGAGAGCAAGCUAGCCCAGCUGCAGCAACAGAGCCCUGCGUCCGCCUCCAGCCCUUCAUCCACGUGGGUCCAGACCUUCACUUUGGGAACCACUGGUCUAAUAGACAAAAGGCCUGAGCUGAACCAAGCUCCCACCUCCUCCGUGGCCCCGCCCCUCCUGCCGCUCUGCCUGGAGCUGGGCGUGCUGGGGGAGUCCGAUGGGGUGAAGGAGGAGUCCCGGUCUGAGGAAGAGGAGUUGGAUGAGCGCUCUGAUGAUGAUGAUGAAGGCUGUGCCCCGCCCACCAAGCUGGUCCUGCUUCAGACAAGCCACGCCCCCUCCAGCCCGUCUCCUAGGCAACACACAGACAGUGGCUCCGCCCCCCUCCUGCUGGCCUGCCAGGACCGGCCAGGUGAACCGUCCCAGCCCACCAAUCAGACGCCRGCACCGCCUGAUGGGCAGCAGCCAUUGGUCCGGCCGUCGUCCAAUCAGCUGCCCGGUCCUGAAGCUCCGCCCCCUGCUGAGAGUUCCCAUCAGCCCCUGGAGCUGCUGUCAAGCCCAGCAGCUGUUGCCAUGGAGACGGCCUCCGUAGCAACGGUCCAGGUGAAGGAGGAAAGGAGGCAGCGCUACGACUCCGAGGACGCCUGCAUGGACAGCCAGGAGGAGGCGGAGCCUGAGGAGCUGGACAUCUCCUUCGACAGCCAGUUCCCCGACCUGAUCUCUGACCUCAUCACCGAGGAGCCGGGCCCCGCCGCCGCCCCGCCGGCUCCGCCCAGCGCAUCGGGUCCGGCCGUGUUCCCCACCGGCGUCCGCUACGUGGUCCCGCCGCAGCCGUCGCCGUCCUCCUCCUUCCUGCCGUUCCCCCAGCCGCUGCCCGCCGCCGCCCGCCUGGCCGCCAUCACUGACUUCUCCCCGGAGUGGUCCUACCCAGAGGGCGGAGUGAAGGUUCUGAUCACCGGGCCGUGGAGCGAGCCGUCGGGUCGGUACUCCUGCGUGUUCGAUCAGAGCGCCGUCCCCGCUUCCCUCAUCCAGCCCGGGGUUCUGCGCUGCUACUGCCCAGGUACUGACCGCUCGCAGCGAAGGAGACGGAGCUGCUGCUGCUGGAGGAGCCUCUGUGGGCGGAGCCUCUGUGGGCGGAGCCUCAGCCUCACACACCUGCUCUCUCCACCUGCAGACAACCAGUUCAGGAUGUCCAUCCUGGAGCGGCUGGAGCAGAUGGAGCGCCGGAUGGCGGAGAUGGCGGCUCGGGACGGCCUUCAUCAUCAUCAUCAUCAUCAGCAGCAGCAGAGUGGGAACCAGCUGGCCACGCCCCCUCCUCUACCUGACGACCAGCAGCAGUGUUCCCAGUGGUUUGAGAGGAGGAUCAUUGGUGUGUGUGAACGGAUGAUGAGAGGAGCGUKCUGGGGAGGAGGAGGAGGAGGAGAGAGCCUUCAUCACUCAGCCGGUCACCGUGGGAUGACGCUGCUGCACCUGGCUGCUGCCCAGGGCUACACCCACCUGAUCCACACCCUGAUCCACUGGAGGGCGAUGAGCAGCGACAGYCUGGACCUGGAACAGGAAGUGGACCCCCUGAACAUCGACCACUUCUCCUGCACGCCGCUGAUGUGGGCGUGCGCGCUGGGCCACCAGAGGGCAGCAGAGCUGCUGUACAGCUGGAACGGCCUGGCGCUGGGCAUCCCCGACUCUCUGGGCCGCCUGCCGCUCGCCGUGGCGCGCUCCCGCGGCCACACCCGCCUCGCCGCCGCGCUGGAGGAGCUGCACACGCAGCGGUUAACCGCCAGCGGCUCCAGAGACCUGAUGGACUACCAGAACGCCCCGCCCACAGACACGCCCCCUCAGAGCGCGGGGCGGCGUGCGCUGCUGGAGGAGCAGCUGCUGAGCUACGGCGAGAACGCCGAGAACGAAGGAGAGGAGGAAGAGUACCUGGAGGACGAGGUGCUGCAGGUGGACAUGGCGACGCUGGCGGAGCAGAUCAUCGAGGCGACGCCGGAGCGAAUCAAACAGGAGGAUUUCCCCCGGGGGGCRGAGUCUCCGCUCAGAGAGAGGCGGGACAACCCGGCCAUCCAGGACACCUGGUUGGCCACCUACCUGGAGACGGUGGACAGCCAGUCCCCGCCCAGGCGGGUCUGCCCCCCCUCGCCGCUCAGCGCUCUGGCUCUCCAGAGGCUCCGCCCCCCGUCGUCCGCGGCGUGGGCGGAGUUCCUGAACGCGUCGGCCAAUGGGAAGAUGGAGAGAGACUUCGCUCUGCUGACGCUGACGGACGGCGAGCAGAGGGAGCUGUACGAGGCCGCCCGCAUCAUCCAGAACGCCUUCCGCCGAUACAAGGGUCGAAGGUUAAAGGAGCAGCAGGACAUGGCGGCCGCCGUCAUCCAGAGGUGCUACAGGAAGUACAAACAGCUAACAUGGAUAGCUCUGAAGUACGCGCUCUACAAGAAGAUGACCCAGGCGGCCAUCUUGAUCCAGUCCAAGUUCCGGUCGUACUACGAGCAGAAGCGGUUCCAGCAGAGCCGGCGGGCCGCCGUGCUGAUCCAGCAGUACUACCGCAGCUACAAGGAGUACGAGAGGCUGAAGCAGGGGCCACGAGGGGGCGCCGCACUCAACCCCAAGAGCAAGGGGUCGUUCCUGACGAAGAAGCAGGACCAGGCGGCCCGGAAGAUCAUGAGGUUCCUGCGGCGCUGCAGACACAGGAUCAAAGAGCUGAAGCAGAGCAGGGAGCUGGAGCGGAGAGGAGCGGUGACCUCUGGGAAGGUCAUGGAGGGGGAUCGUACCGGCACUCUGGYCUGGGACCGGGGGAUGAGAGCUCAGCCCUCAGAAAGAGGCAGGAGAACCACCAACCCCCACACACACCCUGACCCCCUGCUGGUUCAGGAACCAACUGGACAGAGGGAGAAGCUGGUCAAACUGGGACGUGUCUCCAAGUGUCCCCUGAAGAAAGACAAAGGACCAGCRCUCUGCCCACGGCCAGCAGGGGGCAGCAGCUCAGCUGCGCUGGCUGUGUCUCUGGCAGAUGUAGCGCAGCCUGGAGGAGCAGUGCAGGUCGUUGAGCCGCCCGUCGUUGUGAAU